GUUGGCCACAGAGGCUCAUGAGAGGUCAGUGGAGAUGUAGUAUAUGACUGUACUCUUUCUUUUUCAGCUUCUGCCCCUUUCUGCAAAAGAGCAAGAGAAGGAAAUCAAGGAGCCACUCCUGUAAUUUACCAGAUAACCCCAGCAGGCUCAGUAGACAGACCAAGUUCCCAGGAAAAAAGCUGCAGGCACCUGAGGACAAACCUCUUGAACAGCUUUUACCUUAAAGCCAGCCUAGAAGACUUUGACUCCCAGUUACAAGGUGUUUUGGAUAUCCUCAAUAUUUGCCCCCUGUUUUCUAGCCAAAACCUGAUUCAUGAAAUGGACUAAAGCUAUCAUCUGCUUCUUUGUCUGUGAAUUUGAGACACGAUUGGAAUGGUCGUAAGUGCAUACAACUAGAUUCUCACUGCAGCUAUGAGUUCAGACGAGAAGUGCAUAUCCCCUGCUCAUAAAAUAUCUACUCCAACCCAUAGAAGUGCCUCCUCUUCAACGUCCUCCCAAAGGGACAGUAGACAGAGUAUCCACAUACUGGAAAGGACUUCUUCCUCUAGCACCGAACCCUCUGUAAGUCGGCAGCUGCUAGAACCGGAGCCAGGCCCCCUCUCCAAGGAAGCCGACAGCUGGGAAAUUAUAGAAGGGCUGAAAAUAGGCCAAACCAAUGUCCAGAGACCAGACAAACAUGAAGGCUUUAUGCUAAAGAAGAGAAAAUGGCCUUUAAAAGGCUGGCACAAGCGUUUUUUCGUCCUGGAUAAUGGAAUGUUAAAGUAUUCAAAGGCGCCACUUGAUAUUCAAAAAGGGAAGGUCCAUGGAAGCAUUGAUGUCGGACUCUCUGUUAUGUCAAUUAAAAAGAAAGCUCGGAGAAUAGAUCUUGACACAGAAGAACACAUCUAUCAUUUGAAGGUGAAAUCCCAGGACUGGUUUGACACGUGGGUCUCCAAACUGCGCCAUCAUCGAUUGUAUCGGCAGAACGAAAUUGUGAGAUCACCAAGAGAUGCUAGUUUUCACAUAUUUCCUUCAACCUCCACAGCUGAAUCCUCACCGGCUGCUAAUGUUUCUGUUGUGGAUGGAAAGGUGCCCCUAAACAGCUUUCCAUGGCAGUCCCCUUUACCAUGCAGCAACAGCCUCCCUGCAACCUGCACGACCGGGCAGAGCAAAGUGGCAGCCUGGCUACAGGACUCGGAAGAAAUGGACAGGUGUGCAGAAGACCUUGCACACUGCCAGUCAAACCUCGUGGAACUUAGCAAACUCCUGCAAAAUUUGGAAAUACUUCAGAGAACUCAGUCAGCACCUAACUUUACUGACAUGCAGGCUAACUGUGUAGAUAUUUCAAAGAAAGACAAGCGGGUCACAAGACGAUGGAGAACAAAAAGUGUCAGCAAAGACACAAAAAUACAACUGCAGGAAGGGCCAUCUGCGAAGGGCCAGUUCAGCACAACUCGGCGCCGGCAGAGGCUAGCAGCAGCAGUGGCUACAACAGUUCCUUUCAGUGCUACCAUGUCCCCGGUUCGCUUGCAUUCCUCCAACCCCAACCUUUGUGCAGAUAUUGAAUUUCAGACUCCCCCUAGCCACCUCACCGACCCUCUAGAAAGUUCAACGGAUUAUACAAAGCUUCAGGAAGAAUUUUGUCUAAUUGCACAAAAAGUGCAUUCUCUUUUGAAGUCUGCAUUUAAUAGCAUAGCUAUAGAGAAGGAGAAGCUUAAACAGAUGGUUUCUGAGCAGGAUCACAACAAAGGCCACAGCACACAGAUGGCACGGCUCCGACAGUCACUGUCUCAGAGCGAAGGAGCAAGCAAAUCCUGGGCACUCAACCAGAAUGCUGAACUAAGGAGUCGAUUGAACAGAAUACAUUCAGAAUCUAUUAUUUGUGAUCAGGUUGUCAGUGUAAAUAUUAUUCCUAGCCCUGAUGAGGCUGGUGAGCAAAUCCAUGUCAGUCUCCCGCUGUCACAGCAAGUAGCCAAUGAGAGCCGCCUCUCCAUGUCAGAGUCAGUCUCUGAGUUCUUCGAUGCCCAAGAGGUGCUCCUCUCUGCAAGCUCGUCAGAGAAUGAGGCUUCCGAUGAUGAGUCCUACAUCAGUGAUGUGAGUGAUAACAUAUCUGAAGACAACACCAGUGUUGCAGACAACAUUUCUCGGCAAAUCUUGAACGGGGAGCUUACGGGAGGAGCCUUCCGAAACGGACGUCGGACAUGCCUGCCCGCGCCCUGUCCUGACACCAGUAACAUUAACCUGUGGAAUAUCUUGAGGAACAACAUUGGUAAAGACCUGUCUAAAGUCUCCAUGCCUGUGGAGCUAAACGAGCCACUCAAUACUCUGCAGCAUCUCUGCGAGGAAAUGGAAUACAGUGAGCUUCUGGACAAGGCUUCGGAAACGGACAAUCCCUACGAGCGCAUGGUUCUUAUUGCUGCAUUUGCAGUUUCAGGAUAUUGCUCCACCUAUUUCAGAGCAGGAAGUAAGCCAUUCAACCCUGUCCUUGGGGAGACUUACGAAUGCAUUAGAGAGGACAAAGGAUUCCGAUUUUUCUCAGAACAGGUUAGCCAUCAUCCACCCAUUUCUGCCUGUCACUGUGAAUCCAAGAAUUUUGUGUUUUGGCAAGAUAUCAGAUGGAAAAACAAGUUCUGGGGGAAGUCGAUGGAAAUCCUGCCAGUUGGAACCCUGAAUGUCAUGCUUCCAAAGUAUGGUGAUUUCUACGUGUGGAAUAAAGUCACCACAUGCAUACACAACAUUCUCAGUGGGAGGAGAUGGAUAGAGCAUUAUGGAGAAGUAACCAUUAGAAAUACCAAAAGCAGUGUUUGCAUUUGCAAACUCACAUUUGUCAAGGUGAAUUACUGGAAUUCUAAUGUGAAUGAGGUCCAGGGGGUUGUGAUGGAUCAGGAGGGGAAGGUGGUGCACCGGCUGUUUGGGAAGUGGCACGAAGGGCUUUACUGCGGUGUGGCCCCCUCGGCAAAGUGCAUCUGGAGGCCAGGUUCCAUGCCAACCAACUAUGAGCUCUAUUAUGGCUUCACAAGGUUUGCUAUUGAGCUCAACGAGUUAGAUCCUGUACUAAAAGAUCUCCUUCCACCGACAGAUGCCCGAUUCCGGCCAGAUCAGAGAUUUUUGGAAGAAGGAAAUUUAGAAGCAGCAGCAGCUGAGAAGCAAAGAGUAGAGGAACUCCAGAGAUCUCGAAGACGGUACAUGGAAGAAAACAACCUUGAACAUAUACCAAAAUUUUUUAAAAAAGUGAUUGAUGCCAAUCAAAGAGAAGCCUGGGUUUCUAAUGACACCUACUGGGAGCUGCGAAAGGACCCUGGGUUUAGCAAAGUAGACAGCCCUGUUCUCUGGUAAACUGGGAAUGUAGAGCUAGCCAACAUAUCACGCUCUGAAUGAAUAAAUAACUAUGCACAAUUAUGUUUCUUAGAGCUCCGCGUGGUUUCUGGGUCGGCUGAAAACCGGCCAUUUGCUUUUCUAUUCAUCUUUAUAAUGGACUUUCAGAAGUGCAUUAGACAAGGCCCCUGACCACUUUCGGAUCCUUUCUGUUUUGCUGCAACCAUGUUCCUUAAAAAAAAAAAAAAAUCCGCACCCUCCUUGAAAAGCAGAAUAAAAGGAGCAGAAUAUAAAAUCCAAAGUCUGAAGAGUUUGUAAAGGAAAACAAACUGUAACUGGUGCUUAAAGCUGAUCCAGAGAGUUUAAAGCAAAGCUGCGCGUGAACCACGUGUUGGGUCCCUUUUCCGGAAGCGCCAUCCCCUCCUUGCAGGAGCUCCUGGGCCACGGCAUUGGUCAGCUCAGACUUCAAGUGUGUCUGUUUGAUGUGGUGUACUUGUGCUGGCCUUGUCAAAAAGGACAUGAUGCUUCUCAGAACCUGUUCCAUCUGUACGCCAUUGUUCAUGCCUUAAGAAAUGCAAAGAUGUACAAUAAAUCAUUUUUUAAAUGUGUGCUCCUAGGUUUAUGUAAAGGACAGAGCUUUUGAAUCAUGGCAUGAUUCGCUUCCUGGGAUCAGAAGAAUUAUGAGACUAACUUAAAUGGAUUGAAAAAAGUGAACAACAUGUGCUUUACUUUGAUAUAUUGGUGACUGUAUGGAGUGUCUGAAGGUCAAGAAGGAAAAGGUGUGCUAAGUAGAGCUCUGUAUUCAUGUUGCUCAUCAAUUUCCUGUCCCACAUACAGCUAAUAAACCAUCCCUCUCCACCUAACCUCCCAGUGUGCCCUAUUAUUUGGCAAUACCUGUAUUUGGUUUGAACACUUGGCAUCAGUGUGAAAACGUUGGAAGGAAAUAACAAGAAGCAUAUGGAAUUUCUCUGUGGGUUUAGGAGCAUUACAGCAUAACUAUUUUUGAGUGAAGAGCAGUAUAACCCGCAUCUCAAUCCUGUGUCCAACCCAUUGGCACUGUUGGAAUUCCCCUGGGAACAGAAGUAAGAAUACGAAAAGCUUAUUUGCAUUGUUUAAUUGAGGUCUAUGCAAAAUCAUAUUUCAUGUUUUCAUCAGGUGUUUCUGUAUGAUACAUGACCACAUAUUGAGCAUUUACCUUGCUAUUGGCAGAGAGGUAAAACUUAAUUAAGGAAUUUAUCCAUCCCAACAAAAAGGGAGAGGAGGAAGGGCAGAAAUGUGUUUUGCAGACUUCAGGAUUUGUUUUUUCCUUCACUAAUAGACAGAGGCUUUUAUUUUUGUAGGAACUUGCAUUGGUAUUCCUGAGUUUCUAUCUGCAGAUGACUAUAUAAAUGCCUAUGUAGUUAAAAAAAAAAAAAACUCUUUAGAGAUUUCCCUAGAGAAUUAUAAAAUUAUGUAUAUUUUAUUCUCAGUUAGGUUUUUAUUCUUAGUUUCUUAGCAUCAGGUUUUAAGUGUUAUUUUAAACUCUGACAACAAGGUUACUGACAUUUACGUUGUGUUACAAGGUGUUGGUUUUAGCAUUGUUUCUCCUCCUCAAAGCAUUCCUAAUAAUGGCUGAGAGCAUAAGGAAAACUCUGACGUCUCCACUAGGUGGAGCACGUCUUAGCUAUCCUGAAACUCAUUCCUCCUUUUAUCUGAGUCCUUAUGUUCUGUGUACAGUAUGCAGUGGUGUAGAAUGAAAUUUCACUGUCAAGGAAACUCCCUAAUCCAUUGCCAGCUCUGAGCAUGUAAGCAACACCCUCCCUUGGUGUCUCAAUGCCUUUCAUUCCAUUUUAACUCUACAGCUGUCUUCCCCAUGGUAGUAAAAUUCCCCUUUAUUGUCGAGUCUUUUUCUGCUCAUUCAUCUGGCCAUCCUUUUGUCUGCAUCUUGAGAUACAUGUCUUUAAUUUUAAAUACAAUUAGAAUUCUGUUCACUGAAUGACUUGAAUGACUGUUGACUUCCUCAGAAAAGUCUGUUCUCCCAUAAUUGGUAAAGCUUUAAAUAGUAUUUCCAGUAGUUCUGGUCUGCACUUACUAGCACUUCCCUGAAGAGUCUCCAAAUUUUAGCCUAAAAAUAAGGAAAGAACUCUGCAAAGUAAAGGUACUAAGGAAGUAGGAAGGUGAGGCACCAGGUGACCAAUGGAUAUGCCAGUAAGGCAGCUGCAAGAGGACCCAGGACCCAUGAGGGAAGCCACCACUGUACCUAGCAUUGGGUUAUGAUUGAGAAAGAGUAACUAGUAGAAUGGACCUUGACUACCUAUUAAGUUCAAGGUACAAGUCAGGUAGGUGAAUGUUGGUCAGAGCUAACCUGAAACUGUGAUUAGGAUUUCGAGAUGGGAAUGAGAAGAAUGUCAAGUUAAUUAAAAUUGCCACAUUCUUUAUAAUAUCCCAGAGUUAGAAUCUCUUUUGAGAUUCAGAUAACCUGAUUAGACUUCUGGUUCAAGUGAUCAUUUCAGUUUGGGAUAACACUUCUGUUGGACCUGAUUCACAAAUCUCCUCAUCGAACGUUCAUACCCACAUUCUUUUGGUUGGUUCAUCCCCCGUUUCUUUUUCACUUUUUGUUUAUUUGGUGAUUAUAGCAUUGUGAGACUUACUCUGGAAUUUUCAUCUGCAGAAUCUUGGGGCUUUUGAGACUGGUUUAAACAGCAAAAGGAUAGAAUAUAUGUUAGAUCAUUCUUGAUAAAAUCUGACUUAUUUCUUAGAAUUUUAUGUAAAUCUUUAUUUCGGAGGCACUUUUCCACCCUAAAACAACAUAGGAUAGAAGAGGGCUUAAUAUGUCUUUAUACCUCCGCUGUGAUUUAUUCCUAAGCUCCUUCAUCUUUUUGAGCUGGUCAUGAAGGAAAGCAGUAAGAAGUGACGAUGGUCCCGUGGCUGUGGCUAGAUGGAACAGCUCGACAGCACACGCCACACAUAGGGCCCGGCCAGAAACUAUUUUGCUUCUGAUGCUGCUACCCAGGGUAUAAAUUUAGUCUCGGAUUUUGCUGUAAUUUUAUUGAGUUUUUUUUAAUUAAGUCAUUUUUCAUGAGUUACUUUAGAACACCCCAUAAUUUCCAAGCAGUUGUAAAAAUAAACCUCGUUUGAGAUACCUUUUCAUACUACAGAUCAAUUAUAUGUGACAUCAAAACUACCGAAUGUAUGUUGGUAAGAGAAACCAAGGAGUUGUUUGUUUUUUUCCAGUUAAAAGAGGGCUUUAUUCAUAGCAUACUUACAAUUAAUAAGUAAUGUUGAAUUCUCAGUUGUAGAAACCAAGGAGUUUUUAAUACCAGGGAUGCCAGGUUGUCGAUUUUCCAAACCUCUUCAUUAUUCUGACACCAUGUCUUUCAGCUAUUCCACUAAAUAAUCAUUACAUUAAAUCCCACCCUAAGGAGCACUGGGGGCAGUUAAAGAGGAAAAUGACCCAACUAUUUUGCUUAGUUCUGAUUACAGCUGUGGCUGGAGACAAGUUUAUAAUCAUAAUCGAAUGUACAUUUUGUUAGUACCUUGUGGAUUUUAAUUAUCCAUCUUGUCUAAUCUUGUUCUCUAUCAUCCAGAUAAUGGAGUGUUUGUGAUAGCAGAGCUCCUCAGACACCAGGGGGUGGAAUAAAUGUUUGCACUUGACUCGAGUUGGUAUAUUAUGAAUGUGGCACAGUAAAUAAAGUUUGUGUACAAAAGAUUUAUUUCUAUGGGAGCCAUUAUGUUCAGGAUAUAUAAAAUGUAUCUAAUUAAACAAUUAUGAAUCU